AUGCCUUCACGUACCGACUUGCCGCUUCAGGUUGCCGUUAUCGGCGCCGGCCUUGGUGGAUUAGCCGCGGCUGUCGCUUUACGUCGCCAGGGCCAUGCCGUCACGGUCUACGAGAGAUACGAUUUUGCUGGAGAAGUCGGCGCAUCUCUUAGUGCCGCUUCCAAUGGAUCGCGUUUUCUCGAGGAAUGGGGCGUGGACGUGAAAGCAGCGAAGCCUGUGAUUUUGAAGCAGUUAAUUAUGCACAACUGGUCCGACGGCGAGGUGCAGAGUACAUACCCACUGGGAGACUACAAAUCCAAAUUUGGCACAGAUUAUAACAAUUUUCAUCGCAUUGAUAUUCACAAAGAACUGAUCCAGUCAGCCUUUGAGGUGCCCGGAGAUGGCCCUCAGUGCGAGCUCAAAGUCAAUCACAAAGCUGUCCAAGUUAAUGCGGAGGAAGGGACCCUUCGAUUCGAGAACGGGGCUCAAGUGACGGCCGACAUGAUUGUUGCCGCAGAUGGGAUCCGAUCUCUCACGCGGAACCUGAUCGGAAUCACCCCUGAUUUCGAAAUGUCAACAUCAUGCUGCUACCGAUGCAUUAUUGGGGCGGACAAGCUCCGGGAACUCGACCUGGAAGAUUACAUCUCCAAUGAAGCGAUCGAGUACUGGGGUGGCUUCGGCAUCAACAAGAUCGUCAUGUCACCCUGCAGCAACGGUGAAAUUGUGAGCUGCUACUGCUUCUAUCCUGCAUCGGUCAACAAUGUCCGGGAAGAUGGAUGGAACAUUGGUGCCACACCGCAACAGUUGGUGGAAACAUUUCCCGACCUCGAUCCCAGAAUGAAGACACUGAUGUUGAAUGCGGAGGAUAUCAAAAUGUGGCGCUUAUAUCGACACCAGCCAUAUCCAUACUGGGUCAACGGCAAAGUCUGCCUACUCGGUGAUGCUGCACACCCCAUGAUGCCCGAUCAAUCCCAAGGAUCGUGCAUGGCAUUCGAAGAUGCCGGGGCCCUGGGAAUUGUGUUCCACAAGGACUUCAGAAAAGACUAUGGAGUCUCAGAGGGUCUAGAAUUGUAUGAAAAGUUGCGAAAGACGCGCGCGACACGCGUGCAGGAGGCGAGUUUCCGGGCGCGGGAGAACCUCAGCGAGCGAAUUGGGUGGAGCUCAUCUACUGAUCGACCGGGCAAGUUGACCAUUGAGGAGGUCUGUGGAUAUAACAUGAGGGACCACUUUGCAGAGCUGUUGAAGGGAAAGUAA